GCGAGCACGCAUAAACGGAUACGGUUGCGGUUGCGGAUCGGAGAGAUGGUUCUGCUGGACGAGUUCUGUGUGAAGGUGUACUUCUGGCCAUUCCUGUCCUACUUGGCCAGCAUCAAGGGCUGGUGUCCGCUGUAUCCGCCAGGUUACUAUCCCAUUUAUGCGCUACCACCGCCGCCGCCGCCGCAGGGACCACCGUUUUCUCCGCUGCCGCCGCAGCCGCUCCAGCCGAUUGGUCCACUAAUACCGCCUCAACCGGCUUUUCCGUCCACACCUGCAGUGAUCCCGACGUUCCAGCCCACGCCCCCGAAUCCCCAGACGCCGGUGACGCCGCCCCUGAUCACGACCAGCAGCAGUACCACCACCAUUUCCACGACCACGGGUGUGACCACCACCAGUACGGCUGGCAGCACUCUGCCCGUGCCGCCGGCCACUUGUCCAUCACAGCCGCUGGUCUGCCUGCCCGGCGGAUCGCGCCCGCUGCCCAACUGCCCGUGCAUCGAUCCCCGCCAGCAGCAGAACUCCCCGACGCCCUCGUCCACAGGUCCACAGACCGGUUCGGAUAUGAUGAUUUUCAUGCCGCUCAAUUCCGGCCGUAGGCGGCGUCGGCGCCGAAGACCCCAGUCCUGCCAAGACGCCCGAUCCCGGCCUGGAAGCUGCCUGCCCCUGACCUCCUGUCCCCAGCUCAUGGAUGAGUACCAGGGCCAGGGCAACGCGUUCCACACCUUUCUGGGCCAGUCCAUCUGCGGCUUCGAUGGCUCCUCUUUCAUGGUUUGCUGCGCCUCGGAUAGAGCAGGAAAUGCCAGGAGCAGGAAGGAUCUAUUUGCGACCACCGCUGCUCCCUUUGGCUUUUUUCAUUUCUCGCCGUUGAGUGGAGGAUCCACUGUCACCCCGAUGGUUUUCCAGCCCACUCCGCCCCUGAACCAGGUGGUGAGCCCCCUCUUUAACCCACAACCUCCUGCCCCACCUCCACCGCCACAGAAUGCUCAACGCUCGGGCACCGAUUGUGGCAUUAGUGGUGCCACUUCCAAUCGAGUUGUGGGUGGAAUGGAGGCUCGAAAAGGAGCGUAUCCCUGGAUAGCUGCCCUCGGCUACUUUGAGGAGACGAAUCGGAAUGCUCUGAAGUUCCUCUGCGGUGGCAGUUUGAUCCAUUCGCAUUACGUGGUCACCUCGGCGCACUGCAUCAACCCCAUGCUGACUUUGGUGCGACUGGGAGCCCAUGAUCUCUCCAAGCCAGCCGAGCCGGGGGCAAUGGAUUUCCGUAUCCGUAGGACUGUGGUCCACGAGCACUUCGACCUCAACUCCAUAUCGAAUGAUAUAGCCUUGAUUGAGCUGAAUGGAGUGGGUACAUUGCCAGGUAACAUAUCACCCAUUUGCCUGCCCGAGGCCGCCAAGUUCCUGCAGCAGGACUUUGUGGGCAUGAAUCCCUUCGUGGCCGGCUGGGGGGCAGUGAAGCAUCAGGGAGCCACCUCGCAGGUGCUGCGCGACGCCCAGGUGCCCAUUGUAGCUCGGCAGAGCUGCGAGCAGAGUUACAAGUCCGUGUUCCAGUUCGUCCAGUUCAGUGACAAGGUGCUGUGCGCCGGCAGCUCGAGCGUGGACGCCUGCCAGGGGGAUUCCGGUGGACCACUCAUGAUGCCCCAGCUGGAGGCCAAUGUCUACAGGUUCUACCUACUCGGCCUGGUUUCCUUUGGCUAUGAGUGUGCCCGGCCAAAUUUUCCGGGAGUCUACACGAGAGUCGCCUCCUACGUUCCUUGGAUCAGGAAACACAUAUCCGCGGCUUAGACCAUGACACAUCCUAAAUCGGCUAGCUAUCUGCGAUGUGUCAUUCAAAUUGAGGGCACUUAACAAAUACUUGGGUUUAAAUCCUAAAUCCCGCACACACAUACCCACCGCAAUUUC